AGCUCAUUCUGCCCCCGGACUGGUCCUCUCUCUCAACCCCACGCACUAUAUGCUCACAGGUUCACACACACACACACACACACACAUGCACAUACACACUCACACACGUACAUCCACACAUGCACACACUCAACAUUUAAACGAAGCAGCAGACCUGGAGAACCGGGGCUCUUCAAUUAGCACUCCCUCACCAACGGCUCCCUGGCGUGGACAUUUUUAAUUUUUCAUCACAGCCCUCCUUCUUGGAUUUUUCUCAUGUGGCUCUUUUUUUUCUUCUUUUGCGCAUAGAGCCCGAACGCUCCUGCUUGAGGUGUGUGUGUGUGUGUGUGUGUGUGUGCGAGAGAGAGAGAGAGAGAGAGAGAGAGAGAGAGAGAGAGAGAGAGAGAGAGCGAUUUCGGAGAUUUAAGACAAACGCUUGGUGAAUGGAAAACACCAGCACGGAGGCAACGCUACCUUUCCCCCAUCUUGACAAGCACGCUCACCCUUCCGUCGGCGAGAUUUGCGCACACGAAACCGGAGCCGGUGUCUGCGCUCUGCGGGGCCGGGCGCGCGUCGUCUGGGAGGAGUAAGGGAGGAUGGACGCGUUUUUUACAGAGGGGGCCCGAGUCUGGGUCAAAGAGAAGGAGCAGCUUGUUCCCGCCACUGUAAACUCCUGUGGAGAUGGAACCCUUGUGGUCACAACCGACUAUGGAGAGGUGUUGUACUUGCAGCAGGCCGAGGUCACCAGGGAGCGGGUGUACGCCAUGCACCAGUCCAGCAUCGACGGGGUGGAGGACAUGUCGGCGCUGGCUGAGCUGCACGAGGCCGCCAUCAUGCACAAUCUGUACCAGCGCUACCAGAAGGAUAACAUCUAUACUAAUAUCGGCAGCAUCCUGGCAGCCGUCAACCCCUACAAGCAGAUCUCGGGUCUGUAUGACCUAGAGAGGGUGGACCUUUAUUCCAAGCACCAUCUAGGAGAGCUCCCGCCGCACAUCUUUGCUGUGGCCAACGAAUGCUACCGCUGCAUCUGGAAACGUCACGACAGCCAGUGUGUCCUCAUCAGUGGUGAAUCAGGUGCAGGGAAGACGGAGAGCACUAAACUGUUGCUGCAGUUCCUGUCGGUGAUGAGCCAGAAAUCAGCCGGGACUCCUCAAUCAGAGAAAACCACACGAGUGGAGCAGGCCAUCGUGCAGAGCAGUCCGAUCAUGGAGGCGUUCGGUAACGCAAAGACUGUUUACAACAACAAUUCCAGUCGCUUUGGGAAAUUCAUCCAGCUCCACUUCUCUGAGAGCGGCAACAUCCAGGGAGGCUGUGUCAUCGACUAUUUACUGGAAAAGAACCGCGUGGUACGACAAAACCCCGGAGAACGAAACUACCACAUCUUCUACGCUCUGCUGGCGGGAGCUAACAAAGAGCAUAAAAGCCUCUACUUCCUCGAGGACCCCGCAGAAUCUUUCCACUACCUCAGCCAAUCAGGAUGUCUGAAGGACAAGAGCCUGAAUGACAAAGAACUGUUUAACAGCGUUAUGGAGGCGCUGAAGGUGUUGGAGUUCACAGAGGAGGAGAUCAGAGACAUGUUCAAGCUGCUGUCAGGAGUCUUACAGCUGGGGAACAUCGAGUUCAUGACUGCAGGAGGAGCUCAGAUCACCACGAAGCAAGUGGUCAGUAAUGCCAGUGAGCUGCUGGGCCUGGAUGCCUUCCAGCUGUCUGAAGUCCUGACUCAGCGAUCCAUAAUACUCAGAGGAGAGGAAAUCUGUUCCCCACUCACUAUAGAGCAGGCUGUGGAUUCCCGGGACUCUGUUGCCAUGGCGUUAUAUUCCCAGUGUUUCUCCUGGAUCAUCCUCAAGAUCAAUCAGAAAAUCAAAGGGAAGGAAAACUUUAAAUCCAUCGGCAUCCUUGACAUCUUCGGCUUUGAGAACUUUGAGGUGAAUCGGUUUGAGCAGUUUAACAUCAACUAUGCCAACGAAAAACUUCAGGAGUACUUCAAUAAGCACAUCUUUUCCCUGGAGCAGCUAGAGUACAACAGGGAGGGUGUUCAGUGGGAUGCCAUAGACUGGAUGGACAAUGCAGAGUGUCUUGAUCUUAUAGAGAAGAAACUGGGCUUGUUGGCACUGGUGAAUGAAGAGAGUCGAUUCCCCAAAGGAACAGACUUCACUCUGCUCGAGAAGUUGCACAGCAGACACUCUACAAAUCCAUAUUAUGUCAAGCCCAGACUUGCUGAUCAUCAGUUUGGUAUCAAACAUUAUGCAGGGGAGGUCUUGUACGAUGUUAGAGGAAUCCUGGAGAAGAACAGAGACACCUUCAGAGAUGACAUCCUAAACAUGCUCAAGGACAGCAGACUGGACUUCAUCUACGACUUGUUUGAGAAAGUUGGCAGCAGGAACAACGAGGAGAAGAUGGGAACAGCCAGACGCAAACCUACUGUGAGCUCCCAGUUCAGGGACUCCCUUCAUGCUCUCAUGGCCACUCUGAGCGUAUCCAACCCUUUCUUCAUUCGCUGCAUUAAACCCAACAUGGAAAAGAAUCCAAAUGUGUUUGACCCAGAGGUCGUCUUGAACCAGCUGAGGUAUUCUGGGAUGCUGGAGACUGUGAAGAUCCGUCGUGCUGGCUUCCCUGUCCGCAGAACUUUCAAAGACUUUUUCUCUCGGUAUAAGAUCAUUAUGAAAGAAAAAGCACCAGCAGCUGGUGAUGAGAAAAAGAGGAGUACAGACCUUCUAACGAAAUAUGACAAGACCAAGAAAGAGUGGCAGUUGGGCAAGACCAAGGUAUUCUUGAAAGAGUCUCUGGAGCAGCGUUUAGAGAAAGACAGGGAUGAAGUCCGACGCCAAGCUGCCAUGAUAAUCAGAGCUCACCUCCUCACUUUCUCUGCCAAGAAGCACUUUAAGCGCGUACGUGCCAGCGUUGUCACCCUCCAGAAACACCUUCGAAGGCACAUCCAACACAGGCAGUUCGUGAAGCAACGCAAGGCGGCUCUGGUGCUGCAGAAGCACAGGCGAGGUCAGGUGGCGCGCACUCAUGUUCGAAAGCUCAGAGAGGAGAAGAAGAAGAGGGAGGAAGAGCAGAGGAAGAAAGAGGAGGAAGAGAAGAAGGUGCUUGGUGAAGGGGUGCAGCAGGGAGCAAAUGAAGGGGAAGAGAAGAAAGCGAAAUCGUCAGAGGAGGAGGCCCGGCAGAUGGAGGAGAUCCUGCAGCUGGAGCGAGAGAUCGAGCGCUUGCAGAAGAAGAGGGAGGACGAGGUGUCACAGCUGUGCGAGUCCUCCAAACAGGAGCUGCAGCUGCGCCGGGACGCCGAGCUCAAACGGAUGAAGAAGGAGGCAUCUCGCAAGGCCACGGAGCUCAUUGACCUCCUGAACUUCGGAGGCUGUGGAUCCUUCACUGGGACUCCGAAAAGGGCGAGUGCAGCCAGAGGUGCAUCCAAAGAGGAGGAGGUGGAUGAGGGCUUCCAUGCUGAGGAGGAGUGCAUCCCUCUCCCUGACUUUCCUCCGCCCGCUGAGACAGAUGCUCCCAUAGAUCAGGACAUAUUUGCUCACCUCCCUCCUCCCCCACCUGCCUUUGCAGAGGGGACAGUGCCGCCUGGACCACCUCCUCCUCCUCCUCUACCUGCAGAUGGUGUACCUGGCGCUGGAAUCCCUCCCCCUCCUCCCCUCCCUCCACCCGGAGAUGGCUCUGCUGCCCCGCCACCGCCUCCUCCACCACCUCCACCACCUCCACCUCUUCCUCUGGGAGAGGAGGAGAAGAACCCAGGAGUCACCAAGGCAGAGCCAGAGAGGAAGGUGAGCAUGGUGGAGAGCCUGGUGGACGGAGAGGAGCCCAUCUACAGCAUGCCAGCCGACACCGAGUCGGACUACGACCAGGAGGAGGAGGAGGGGUCCGUCACCGCCGGCGACGACAGCUCCGUGUCCGGGAGCAACCGCGGCAGUGCCGCCGUGGCGGACGAGGAACACCCGAGGAAGUCGACCUGCACCAACGCCAGCAUUGAGUCCUACAGAGGCAGCUCUGACUCUUAUGCAGACAGUGAUGAUGAGCAUGAUGGGAUGAUGGACACUGAUGAAGAAGUGACAAACGGCAGAGUGACUUUGCUUAAUGGAAACGGGCCACCAUAUUUCCAUGGCUACCUCUACAUGAAGGCUGGGUUGAUGAUCCCCUGGAGGAGGCGUUGGUGUGUGUUGAAAGAUGAAACUUUCAUGUGGUUCCGGUCCAAACAAGAGUCUCUGAAGUCUGGCUGGCUCUACAAGAAAGGAGGAGGGCUCUCCACUCUCUCACGGAGAAACUGGAAGAUGCGCUGGUUUGUACUGAGGGACAGCAAACUGAUGUACUACGAGAACGACAGCGAGGAGAAGCUGAAGGGAACCAUCGACAUCCGGGCAGCCAAGGAGAUCAUGGAUAAUCACGAAAAGGAGAACGCUCUGAACAUUGUGACAGAUGAAAGGACCUAUCAGGUGUUUGCUGAGUCACCAGAGGACGCAAGUGGAUGGUUUAAUGUCCUCAGUAAGGUGCGUGUGUGCACUCCUGAGCAGCUGCUGGAGAUGUCCCAUGAGCAGGCCAACCCAAAGAACGCCGUGGGAACUCUUGAUGUGGGGCUGAUUGACUCUGUUUGUGCAUCAGACAACCCUGAUCGGCCCAACUCUUUUGUCAUCAUCACCGCCAACCGUGUGAUCCACUGCAACAGUGACACACCAGAAGAGAUGCAUCACUGGAUCAGUCUGCUGCAGAAACCUAAAGGAGACGCCAGGAUCGACGGGCAGGAGUUCCUCGUCAGAGGUUGGCUCCAAAAGGAGAUGAAGACAAACGCAAAGAGCACCUCCCUGAAGCUGAAGAAGCGCUGGUUUGUUCUGACCCACAACUCCCUGGAUUACUAUAAGAGCGCAGAGCGAAACUCCUCUAAGAUGGGAACUCUGGUACUGAACUCCCUCUGCUCUGUCAUUCAGCCGGAUGAACGCGUGCACCGGGAGACAGGUUACUGGAACAUCAUUGUGUAUGGGAGGAAGCACUCCUACCGCCUCUACACCAAGAUGCUGAAUGAGGCCAUGAGGUGGACGGCUGCUAUACAGGGAGUCAUAGACAGCAAGACCCCCAUAGAAACUCCAACCUUGCAGCUUAUCAGAGACAUCAAGGAGAACAGUGUGAACCCAGACAUAGUGGAGCAGAUGUACAGGAGAAACCCCAUCCUCAGAUACACUCAGCAUCCUCUGCACUCCCCUCUACUGCCGCUCCCUUAUGGAGAGGUCACCAGUCUACAUCGGCAGCAGGGUUACGCCAGCCUGCAGGAUGAGGCGGUGCGAGUGUUUAAUUCACUGCAGGAGAUGGAGACUCUGGCAGACCAGGUGCCCAUCAUUCAGGGCAUCCUGCAGACCUGCCAGGACCUGCGCCCUCUCAGGGAUGAGGUGUACUGUCAGGUGAUCAAGCAGACCAAUCACGUGCCUCAGCCUAACAGCCCAGCCAAUCGGGCACACUGGCACCUGCUCACCUGCAUGAGCUGCACCUUCCUGCCCAGUCGAGCCAUCCUCAGAUACCUCCGCUUCCACCUCAAGAGGGUGCGUGAGCGCUAUCCCGGCACAGAGAUUGAACGUUACGCUGCGUUCAUCGGGGAAUCCCUAAAGAAGACCAAGACUCGUGAGUUUGUUCCCUCUCAGGAGGAGAUCGCCGCCCUGCUGGUGAGACAGGAGAUGAGCACCACCGUUUACUGCCACGGAGGAGGCUCCUGCAAGAUCUCCAUCAAUUCGCACACCACAGCUGGAGAGGUUGUGGAGAAACUGAUCAGAGGCCUUGCCAUGGAGGACAGCAAGAACCUGUUCUCUCUGUUUGAACAUAAUGCCUUCACAGACAGAGCUUUGGAGAGCAGAGUGAUCGUGGCGGAUGUUCUGGCCAAGUUUGAAAGACUGGCAGGAAGUGAAGAAGAGGAAGAGGAAGGAGAAUGGAAACUCUACUUCAAACUCUACUGCUUCUUGGAUGUGGAGAGCAUGCCCAAAGAGGGAGUGGAGUUUGCUUUCAUGUUUGAACAGGCUCAUGAGUCUCUGAUAAGUGGCCACUUCCCAGCAUCAGAGGAGACUUUGCAGCACCUGGCCGCUUUACGUCUCCAGUAUCUACAUGGCGAUGGAGCAGGUCGGGCCGGGUGGAGUCUGGGAAGCGUUUAUCCAAUUGGACGUCUGCGCAAUCGCAUCCUCCACUCCACCAAGCCGGGCGUCGGGGCUGCGGGUGGAGCCGGAGUGGGUGGAGUAGGAGGAGCGGGAGAUGGGAAGGGCUUGGUGGGAGGACAGGGAGGCAUCGGCCCCGGGGCAGAGAAACGAAAGACCCCGAGCUUCCUGGACGGUACCCUGAGGAGGAGUUUCAAGACUGGCUCACUCAAGAAGCAGAAGGUGGAGGAGGAGCAGAUGUUGGAGAUGUGGGUGAAGGAGGAGACGUCUGCCACAAGGACCAGCGUGCUGGAGAAGUGGACCCGGCUGCAAGGGAUGCCCCAGCACCAGGCCAUGCUUAAAUAUAUGAGCAUCAUUAAGGAGUGGCCUGGAUAUGGAUCCACUCUGUUUGACGUGGAGUGUAAAGAGGGCGGUUUCCCUCAUGACCUGUGGCUAAGCGUGAGCGCUGACAACGUGUCCGUGUACAAACGAGGUGAACCCAAACCUCUGGAGACCUUCCAGUAUGAACACAUCACCUUCUUUGGGGCUUCACAGCCCUGCACCUACAAGAUCAUCGUGGAUGAGAGGGAGAUGUUCUUUGAGACUCCAUUGGUUGGAGAAAUCACCAAGAUCAUGAGAGCCUACAUUAACAUGAUGGUGAAGAAACGUUGCAGCAUCAUGUCAGUGACCAGCGUCGCCAGUUCCUGGGUAAGGUGAUCGCCACCAACCAGUCAGAGUCCUCCGUUCGUCCAGUGGCAAACAGAUGCCUUGGGCCCCCCCACCCCCAAACCACCCCCGGCAUUGGUUGGUUGGUUGGUUUUGAUGGAGGCAGUCUCACCAACCAGCUAAUCCUCAAGGUCGAAUCAAGAGCGGUGGAUGAGCGUCGAAAGCAGAAAUGGGGAGAAGUGGACACAGAAGCCAAACGCACACUCUACUGGCUCUGGGUUUCACUUGGGAUAAGGGAUCUAUUUAAAAACAAGCAUGACAAAGAAAACAACCUGUAUUUUGGGACGGUCCUUUCAAAUACAUAAUCCUCCCUCCCCCCAGCUGUAGUCCUGCAUGUAGAUGUUCAAGCACACUCCAAACUUCUCUCAGCUUUCCUCUCCGGACAAACGAAACUCAGCAAUUUACAAGCACAACUCAGCCACCCAGUCUGUCCCAGGUGGCUCCCUCCCACCCUCCGUCCCUCCCUCCCUCCCCCAGUGCACUGCCAGACAGAAGAAAGCCACACUUUCUCAGUUAAAUUUCUUUCUCACUCCUCCUCCAAGUUCAGAGUCUCUCUCUUUCUCUUCACGUGUCCUCACUCCUGUUGCAUCUUUAUUUGCUAUUGGUAUUUCGUUCUGAUGCUGAAUUCUUGUUCUUGCUUGCUUUCUCUCUGUUGUUCUCUCUACGUCUUUUAUCUGUAACAUCAGCUAGAUUAUAUCUGUCUGUGACUGAGAAAAAGGACUCGGUGAUGAUGAUUUCUUCUUCAGGGCUACUGAAGGGAAAAUAAGCUCCCUGCCCAACACAGUGUUCACUCGCUCACUCGUCAGUGCCACCGUGUGGCCACAAGAAGAAACCGCAGCCAAAGGAAGUGGCUUUAAAUAUUUCUGUACAAUAUCAAAUAGAUAUUCUUGAGAAGAAGGAGGAGAGGUUUCGCUUUGGAGGCUCUCUGGUCACGUUUAGCUUGACAUAGAGAGUCUGUGCAUGGUUAACAGCCUUGUGUGGCUCUAUAAGAGAACAAUAUCAACCAGAAUAGUAUGAAACAAAACAUUUCCCUAUCUAUGUCUACAUAUAGCACACACAGCAUAAAUCUACUGUAUAUUCACAUACAUGUAAACAUAAACUGAACGAACAUGUAACGUUUUGUACUGUAUAUCACACAAUAUAAGAGUUAUUAUUGAAUUUUCAGUGGCCACUGCACUGUACAGUAUAUAGAUGCCAUAUUAAAUGCAAUGUGACACCUCUUUGUGUAAAAUACAUGCAAGUGAAUGGUGUUAAUAAUGACCACUGUAUGUCUGAAUAUGAUGCCAAUCACUGGCUGUGCCAUUAAUGUGUCUCACAGAGAAUUAGUAAAAACACAGACUAUACUGAGACUGGCUGCUACUGUGGUCAUGUUUUCAGUGUUUUAAUGAAUCUAUCAUUGUUGUUAUCUGUGGGACUCACUCUAAAGCAACAGUCGGAGCCAUAAAAUACUGUAUAUCUGUGUCCGCUCAUGCUAUUCUCACUUUUUCUUUUACUGAGGAGAUUGGCAACUUAAACGAUAAUGCAUAAAAAGCUCCGGUUUGUCUGUGUUUCCGACCUGUUUAUGAUCAUGUGACUUUUAUUACUGAUACUACUCUUAUUACUGUAUGCCCCCCUGCUAUCUUAACCACCCUGAAGUGCUGUGUCUGGAAUGCUGCUCUGUGUGUGUAUGUGUGUGUGUGUGUGAGUGUAUCAAUGGUGUAGUCCAAACGGUCGGAAAAGAAAAGGGAAAUGAGAAAUUAGAAAAGAGAAGUAAUUUUACUGAGUGUAUUCCUUGGAAAUAAGAUGUAUUUACAUGACUAAGCUUUGCAAAGAAUGGUGUCGUGAUUGUGAUUUAAAGGGAGAAGCAUGGGAUUUCAAGGGAGGGUUAGGGGUUAUUUAUCUCUUAUUGUACUGUACGUAUUGCUAAGGUGUGUUUGGGAGGAUAAUGUAUUGAAAAAAUACUAGAUUUCACAGUCUCAGUGGAAUAAGGUGCAGAUAAGACACUGUGAGGAAAUGGGCUUGGAAAUGGUUUCAUUGUGCGCUGGGAAUGCUGAAAGUCAUCACUGUUUUGUGUGUAUGUUAAUGUUGCUGGACUGGAAGUGGAGUCACUGCUCUGUCAACAUCACCUGAUAAUGUGGCACUGGAGGUAGACAGAAGCGUCCCUCAUGUGUAACACACCUAGAGGACCAAAACGCUAUGUAAACAAAGUGUUUCCCCGCAUCAAAUAUCCUGUGGGAAUACUCAGAUAACACGGAAAAACACAGUCAAAUAUCAAAACACGGUCCAAUUUAAUUGUCUAAUUUGGUCGAGCCAAAGUCUCUAAAAUAGUUUCUAUAUCAAUAAGCGUUUUAAUCUUUGCCCUGAAGACAAUUAUGGUUUGUUGCUUUUCACACCAGAUAUAUAAGUGAAGUUUAACUUCUUUAGGUGUCUGUCUGGAGUGCCGCAUACAGGGCCCUAUCCAGGAUUUUAGAAACACUGAGUCAUGAGUCCAAGACCCUCAACCUCUAACUCAAAUCCUCAUGCACCAGAAAAACAGCACACUGUAAUUUUUUAAAUCUUAACUUCGAUAUUUCAUACUUUGUUUAGCACUAUACAGUCUAUAGACUUUAUUUCUGCAUGUGGUCUACAAGCACUUUCCACUCUCUAAAAAAUUUUUUAAAAAGCAAUUCUAAAUAUAUUUUUGGGCAUUUUUUCCAAGAACAGAUUUGUAGGUAGAGAUAUGUCAAGAAAUGAGGAUGACAUCAUGCAACACAGGUUCCCAGUUAGACAAUGUGGUUCAUGGUUGGCACCCUAAUCCCUAGUCCACCAGGUCAACCAAUGAAUUCAAUCCUGACUGGGAAAUGCUGAAUUAUCUAUUGUUUAGGAUUUUUAAUAGUAGAAUUUAAACCUUUGAUAAAAUGCCCAGGACAUGACCUCAGUGUUUUUAAUUGUAGCUAAGGCCCUGACUACAUACACACAAACCCACUGGGAUCCUGCCUAUAGAGUUAGAAUAAGCAGAACUCACUCAGAGGUUCCAGUUUGAACUUUUGGUUAUUUUAGUUUUCAGCUAAAACGCGUGUAAAGGAGAAAGUAAAGUUUAUAAGCCAUAAUCAUUGAGGAACCUGGAGCUGCCUGUUCUAGUUAUUCUACAUCUAUGGUUCUGUCUGUCACUGAUAUUACACUGAGUAGGAAGAAGUUGCCCUGUAGUUGCUGGAAAUGUGAUCAGCGUGUUUGCUAAAAAAGAACGGUAAACUGAAGUUAGAUUGCAAAGUGUCUGAUCACAAAUCUGUCUUCAACGGCAACUUCAUCACAAAGGGUCCUGUUAUCAGCCGCAGGCGGCCAGAGUGGGGCCCGUUCUUAUGUUAUGCUUAUUAUCAUCAUUACAUAGUAAAACGUUGUGCUUGUUCAAAAAAAGAGAAAGAGAGAGAUAUGUGUGUUGUUCUUUUUUAUUUGUAACUGGCUUUACAAAAUUAUGCUUUAAUAAAUUAUUGGAAAUUGUCCUUUA